UGGGCUUAUGGGUACAGGAAGUUCAAGAUGGCGAUGGACGGAAUGAAGUCCACGUCUUCGGGCUUGUCUUACCACAACGUCUGGGAGUUUUAUCCCCGAAAGUUUGGACUGAAGCCCGACGUGGUGCCGUGCGGGGUGACCGAGCGGAAGGUGGGGCCGCUGGACAAACCUGACAUGGUGUCGGUGGAUGUGAUUCACGUCAGCGAUGCAGAUGUUCCAAUGCACAGGAAGAAGCUUGAACAUGACACGUAUGUCUUGGGCACCAUUCAUCCAUUCAGGAAGACGCACAAAUCCAUUUUUGGGAAAUUGUUGCAGGAGUUCCAGCUGGUGGCCUCAGACCGACGGUCGUGGAGGAUCCUGCUGUUCGGGGCCCUCAACCUGCUAUGUACCGGCUGUCUGCUGAUGUGGUGCAGCUCCACCAACAGCAUGGCCUUGACUGCCUACACGUACGUCACCAUCUUCGACCUCUUUAGUUUGAUCACCUGUCUCAUCAGUUCCUGGGUGAGCAUGAAGAAGGCCAGUCAGGUCUACACGUUCGGGUUUGAGCGCCUGGAGGUUCUGGCUGUUUUUGCCUCCACUGUUCUGGUCCAGCUGGGAGCCUUGUUCAUCCUGAAGGAGAGUGUCGAGCGCUUCAUGGAGCAGCCAGAGGUCCAUACCGGUCGCCUGCUGGUCGGGACGUUCGUGGCUCUGUUCUUCAACCUGCUGACCCUGAUGUCUGUCAGGAACAAGCCCUUCGCCUACGUCUCAGAAGCCGCCAGCAGCAGUUGGCUUCAGGAGCACGUGGCAGAUCUGAGCCGAAGUCUGUGCGGCCUCGUUCCAGGGCUCAGCAGCAUCCUGCUGCCUCGGAUGAACCCGUUCUUCCUCAUCAACGUGGCGGGAGCUCUGUCCCUCUGCAUCACCUACAUGCUCAUAGAAAUCAAUAACUAUAACGCGGUGGACACAGCGUCAGCAGUCGCCAUCGCCCUCAUGACGUUUGGCACCAUGUACCCCAUGAGCGUCUACAGCGGCAAAGUCCUGCUGCAGACCACACCCUCACACGUCAUUGGCCAGUUGGACAAACUUCUCAGAGAGGUUUCGACUCUGGACGGAGUCCUAGAAGUUCGUAACGAGCACUUCUGGACCGUGGGUUUUGGAUCUCUGGCUGGCUCCGCCCACGUCCGUAUCCGCCGUGAUGCCAAUGAGCAGCUGGUUCUGGCCCACGUCACCAACCGGCUGCUGCCCCUCAUCUCCACGCUGACGGUUCAGAUCUUUAAGGACGACUGGACCAGACCUCUCCUCGCUGGGGCCCUGACCUCCUCCCCGUCGUCCGCCCCCCCUCUGGCUGCUGCUGAGAGCUACGCCCCUCUCUCCUCCUCUUCUCUGCCUCCUCUGCUGUUGUCCUCGGCAGCAGAGCUGGACCCUCUGACCUCCACGCCCUCCAAACCCAGCAGCCCUCCUCCUGAGUUCUCUUUCGACACACCUGGGAGGAACGUGCCGCCGGUGUUCCUUCCUGCCCCCGGGCAGCAGGCUCCCAGGCCCUACGGAGGCCUGGGCCUGGCCUACGGAGCUGCCUACCCGGGGAUGCUGGGUCAGGGCCUGGCACGGACCAGCGGUGGGACGGGGUUUGGGGUCGCAGCCUCUCACAGUUACAGAACUGCCUUGGGGGGGUCGAUGGCACCCCUUCGGUUUGGAACCAGCAACCCUUUACCUCCACAGUCUCAGUACAGACAGUAGCAGCCCUGACUGCGCCGUCUGUGAUGAUGGUGGAGCUGCUUGUUGAGCAGAGACCUUGUAUUUAUUCCUUUGACAGUGGGACCAAGACGUGAACCAGAACCAGUGGUUGGAGGCUGAUGGAGUAGUUCCAUACGCAGAGCGUUACUGUUUUGACUUUGUCUUUUAUAGCCUGAUUUUUUUAUUUUUUCUUUCUGAUGCAUAUCGCAAACCAUCAGUGUGUCGUGGAGCCAACAGCUUCCACCUGUGGUGACCUGCUGACAACUUCUUAUAAGUCUGUUCUCUUCUGUUCUUGCUCCGUAACGUUUCUUUAUGUCUGAGUAGAUAUGUGACUCAACUUUUAUUAAAAGGAGCAUUUCUCCAUGGUGA